AUGGGAGGAUCCGGCUCCAAGAAUACUCCGUUGGAUUGUUUUCUCACUAAUUUUAAAUUGGCUUUUUCCCCCGAGCAGGAGGACGAAUAUAAGGUUAAAUUUUCUCGUGGAAAACUUCGCUCCCUGUGCCAAUUGGAGUGGCCGACCUUUGAAGUGGGAUGGCCAGCAGAGGGCUCCUUUGAUCUAACUCCCAAGCCGGUGCUCUCGCAAGAUCCUGACCCCUUAGAUCUUGAAAUAAGACCUCCACCUUAUGUGGAGCCAUCAUCCUCCUCAGACAAAGUCCGCCCUAGAUCUCGGAACCCCUUCUAUCCUCCUCUUCCUGAAGAAGAAAAAUCUCCAGAUUCUGUAACCUCCCCUUCCCACACGCGAACAGGAGCUGCUUAUGGUCCCAGCAGGGCUCCCACUGAAGGGACUAAUUCAGCUCCUCUUCUGCCUCUUAGGGAAGUAGAACAGGGGCAUUAUGUCUAUAUCCCUUUCUCUACCAGUGAUUUGUAUAAUUGGAAACAUCAAAAUCCCCCUUUUUCAGAAAAACCCCAAGCUUUGAUUUCCCUCCUAGAAUCUGUUUUUAAUACCCAUGACCCAAUCUGGGAUGAUUGCCAGCAACUUCUCCAAGCCCUCUUUACCUCUGAAGAGAGAGAAAGAAUUCGAGGACAGGCCAUAAAAUCAGUGUUGGGAGGAUCAGAGGGCCCACUUGAUGAACAACAGCGGGCCCGUAUUGAGGCACAGCUCCCGUCCAUCCGUCCCCUGUGGCAAGCUAAUUCCUCGGGUGGGAGAGAAGCUCUCCACAACUACCGUCAGCAUCUCUUAGCCAGCCUGAGGGGAGCCGCACGGAAGCCUACCAACCUGAGCAAGGUUUGAUUCCAAGACCCUGGAACCCCGUUGGAAGGGACCGGUUCCUGUUGUCCUGUCAACUCCCUUGGCGAUGAAGGUGGCUGGACAUUCUGCCUGGAUACAUCACAACCAUCUAAAGCCAGGACCCGCCGCGGACAUCAAAAAGGACAAAUGGAAGAUUAUCAGCCAACCGGGCGACCAAAAGCUAAGAUUGGAGCGGGUUGGAAAUGCUUCACCUUCAUGAUAAUAUUUACCAGGAUAUUGACAGUAUUGCCCUCAGGAGAGUUAGAUCACACAAAAAAUAUAUGGAUUCAAUUGGCAAACUCGCUUAACCUAUCUGAAUUCUGUUUAAGUGUUGAUGUAAAUUUUCAUUAUGUAUUAGGAAGUUGUCUUAUCCCGGUAUGCACCCCUUUAGAGUCAAUACGGCCUUAUACUCUGUUUAAAGAUAUUCCACAAAAGAAACUUGCUUAUGUAGAUAGUUAUAAUUGGGGACCUGUCACAUGUCAUAAGCCUAAAAAUGCUGUCAAAUUAUAUACACCUAAAGUGAUCAUGUCAAAUAAGACUGAAUGUGCUGUGUAUAAAAAUUGUACAACUAAAUGUUUGAAGAUCAAACGGUUAAAAGAAAUGUCCUGCCGAGUAGAACAGAAAAUUGUAUAUAACAACUGCCAUAUUUCCCUGCCAAUGGGAUGGUUUUAUACCUGUGAAGGAGAAACUUUCAACUACAUUCCAGCCAAUUUGACUAAAACUCGUUGUUGUUUAAGUCGAUUAGCUGUAGUAUUACCAGAUAGAACUGAUUUAAUUGUGCCUAACAGAACUAAACGGUGGUCACCUUACACUGCACCAGGAUGCGAUGAUGACAUGGGUCUGUUAACAGAUGCAGAAGUAUUAACCAUGAUAGCAUCUUUUGUUGCCUUGCCGUCUAUAGGAGUACAUGCUGAAAAAGCAGUACGAAAAUUAGCUUGUAAAGUAGUAAAAGGGUUAAAUGCCACUUCGUCAGCCUUGGUGCUAAUCAACCAAGAAUUACAAGAGCAAAGGCAGGCAAUCUUAGACAAUAGAACAGCAAUAGAUUACCUGUUGCUCUUCCAACACCAAGGUUGUGAAAAA